AUGGUUGAGGCCGCCAAUGGGGGGUUUAAACUAAACACGAAUGGAUGCUCAAGAGGCAACCCUGGAAGGGCAGGGGGUGGGGGAGUCCUGCGUGAUGAUGAGGGAAAGCUCUUGCUCGCUUUCUCCACAUUCUUCGGCAGUUGUACUAGCAUCCAAGCUGAGGCGCAGACCCUUCUCUUUGGGGUUAACUUGUGUAUUUCCCACAGAUAUGUGAGAGUGCAAGCUGAAGUGGACUCAUUGGUGUUGGUCGUUGCCCCUGGGGUAUUGAUUCAGAAUUUCGAAGUCUCUUUCAUCUUUCAUCCUUUUUCACCAGCAUUUUCCAUUGCUUCAGAGAAGGUAAUCAAGUGGCUGGUUGUUUAUCAAAUGUUGGUUGCGACGACGUGUGUGACAGAGUCUACCAUCAGUUUGCAAAUCUCCCUGCUAAAGCCCGAGGGGCGUUUAGACUGGAUAGAAUCAGUCUCCCUUCCCUUAGAAAAUGCUAGGUCAGCUGUACUGUUGCGAGUGUGCCUGACCAUGAAUGCUUUGUCUAUGCAGCUGAAUGAUUGCAGGAGAGGCAUUUGUUUGGAUUGUUCUGUUGACUUUGAAGGGCAGUUUCUACGAGAAUAUAUUGUGAAUUAG